ACGCGAGUCGAAUUUAUCAGUCGACCUAAGUCGGUUUGAAGUGAUCUAGUUCGUCAGAAAAGGCACAGACCACGUUCACAAUGAAAUCGCUGGUGGUGUUCUUCGCUCUCGCCUCCGUGGCUUGCGGCUCCCUCAUCCCGUGGGCGCAGCCUGCGCACCACGCGGCCGUGGUCCUGGACCCUCACGGCCGCCCACUGGACACCGCCGACGUGAUCAAUGCCCGCGCUAUUCACCUACAGGCUAAGGCCCUGGAAGGCCACGGUGCCCUCCUUCACGGUGCCCUCCUUCACGGUGCCGUCGCACCGGUUGCCGUCGCUCACUCCGUGGUCGCUGCCCCCGCUGUGGUGGCUGCCCCCGCCGUAGUAGCUGCCCCCGCCGCCGUUUCCCAUCAGUCCCGUGUUGACGUGCGCACCAGCCCCGCCAUCGUCACCGCACACGCCACUCCUGUCUUAGCCGCGCACAGCGCUUACGCCUCUCCUGUGUGGGGACACGCCGCUCACGGACUCGCCGCUCACGGCCACCUCCUGAAGAAGCGCUCCCUGGGACACCUUGCGUACGCCGCUCCCCUUGUAGCCCACGCUGCCCCUGUUCUGGCCGCCGCCCCUGCCGCCGUGUCUCACCAGUCCCGCGUGGACGUCGUCUCUAGCCCCGCCAUCGUGUCUCACGCCGUGGCCUCGCCCGUCGUUGCGCACGCCGCAGUCGCGCCCGUCAUCGCUCACGCUGUAGCUCCCGCCGCUGUGUCACACCAGUCUCGUGUCGACGUCCGCAGCAGCCCCUCCAUCGUGGCACACGCCGCUAUCGCGCCCCUCGCGCACGGUGUCUACGGAGGUGCCCUCGCGCAUGGCGUCUACGGAGGUGCGCUCGCGCAUUCCGGACUCCUUCAUUCCGCCCCAUUGUCCCAUGCCUGGUGAAGAGUGGAUACUGACGACCUAAGAUAUCAUAAUUUAUAAAUAAAAACGAAAUAAAUAUAAUAAUUAUACAAGAAA